ACAAUCAAUUAAGCUGCAGGAACUUGGAGUUUUUUCUUUCCGUAGCUAUAGUUGACCUAGCUCUAAAAUGGAGAAUGGUUCCCUCUCCCACAAUGAUCAAUCCCAUAUCAUAACCUUUGAUUCCGGUCGCAGGCGUGGUGGUUGGGUCACCUUUCCCUUCAUCAUUGGAGCUAUAUUAGGCUUGACACUUGCAGUGGGAGGAUGGCUCUCAAACCUGAUAGUAUUUCUGAUUCAAGAAUUCAAUGUAGAGAGUAUUGAUGCUGCUCAGAUUGCAAACGUGGUUAACGGUUCUUCCAGCUUUUUCCCAGUCAUCGGAGCAAUCAUAGCCGACUCAUUCUUUGGCCCGUUCUUGGUUAUUACCAUUUCUUCCUGCAUUUCCUUGCUGGGUAUCGUUCUUUUGGUAUUAACUGUGACAGUUGAUUCGCUGAAGCCUCAAUCUUGUGUUAUGGGAUCAAAAAUAUGCCAUCCAACCUCAAGUCUGCAAUAUACAAUUUUGUAUACUGGUCUAACCUUGGCAUCACUUGGCGUGGGAGGUACACGCUUUACCAUAGCAACAAUGGGAGCUAAUCAAUUGGAUAAACCUACAAAUCAAGCAACUUUCUUUAACUGGUACUUCAUUAGCAUAUACUCUGCUUCAAGCAUAGCUCUAACUGUCAUCGUGUACAUGGAGGACAAUAUGGGUUUUACGUGGGGUUUUGGCGUAGCUAUUGUUGCAAAUUUUAUUGGCUUGGCCAUUUUCUUAUCUGGAGCCCGUUUCUAUAACUUUAAUAAGCCUCAAGGGAGUCCGUUUGUCGGUUUAGCUCGUGUCAUUGUUGCGUCUACCUGGAAAAGGAAUCUUCAACACUCAUCCGAAACCAGGGACUAUUGUUACUAUGAGCAUGAAGGAGAGACGGACAGGAUGGCUACAACACCUAGCAGGAGCUUCAGCUUCCUUAACCGUGCAGUACAGAAAGCUAAAGGAGACAUCAGACAAGAUGGGACAAUUGCAAAGCCAUGGAAACUAUGCACAGUUCAACAAGUAGAAGAUUUCAAGACAGUUAUAAGAAUAAUGCCAUUAUGGUCAACAAGCAUAUUAUUAGCUACCCCAAUAGGAAUGCAAAGCGGCUUGACUAUCUUGCAAGUUCUAACCAUGGACCGCCACUUAGGCUCUCAUUUCCAAAUACCAGCCGGGUCUGUUGCUGUCAUCAUUCUAAUUUCCAGUAUCAUCUUUCUCGCCCUCAUUGAUAGAGUACUGUGUCCCCUGUGGCAGAAGUUAACCGGCCAUUUCCCGACACCCCUCCAACGUAUAGGUUUAGGGCACAUUGUAAAUGUGUUGGCCAUGGCGGUUUCAGCACUGGUGGAGUCCAAGAGGCUCAAAAUAUCCCAAGAUCAUCCUGGUGCAACUACUGUCCCUAUGUUGGCAUUAUGGCUAUUCCCACAAUUGGCUUUGGUAGGAAUUGGAGAGGCAUUUCAUUUUCCAGGACAAGUUGCGUUGUAUUAUCAAGAAUUCCCUUCAUCGCUAAAAUCCACAGCAACAGCAAUGAUCUCUUUGGUUAUCGGGAUUGCAUUUUAUUUGGGAACAGGUGUGAUUAAUGUGGUUCAAAGGGCUACAAGAUGGCUACCAAACAACAUAAACGAUGGAAAGCUAGCGAACGUGUACUGGAUGCUAGUUGUAAUUGGAGUGGUAAACUUUGGUUAUUAUGUAGUGUGUGCAAAGUCGUACAAGUAUCAAAAUGUAAAGCAUACAGAUGGUAAUUUGGACGAUGGCUUGGAUUCUGCUAAGAAGUGAUUUCUUUUCUUUGAGAAAAAAAAAACUGUAGUGUGCCUAGUUGAAAAGUGAUGUUGUUAUGGUGAGGUGAAGCAAUUACUCUAUACUAGUUAUUACGGUGAAGCAAUUACUUUUUCUAGUUGUUGUGGUGAACCAAUUACUCUAUUUCUGGUUGUGAUUGGAGUGGUAAAGCGAGUUGUAUUAAUCAAUAGUGCGUAGUAUA